UCUGGUUUCCAUCAAACUAGAACUGAACUGAGCGAGCUAGCUGCUUCUACAACUGUGCAGGUAGCUAAUUAAUCUAGCAAUCCUCCCGUAGAUUGGAAUAAUGGCAGAUCAGAAGGUGAUUCUCGCCGAGCCGCUGCUUCCGGGGAAGGAAGCUGACUUCGCCGACGACGACGACGUGGAGGCGCAGCUCACUUCGUACCACACCGGCGCCUCCUUCUCCAGGACGUGCCUCAACCUCACCAAUGCCGUCUCCGGCAUCGGGGUGCUGUCCAUGCCGUACGCGGUGUCGCAGGGCGGGUGGCUCAGCCUGCUGCUCUUCGUCCUCGUCGGCGCCGUGUGCUACUACACCGGCACGCUCAUCGAGCGCUGCAUGCGCGCCGACGGCUCCAUCGCCAGCUACCCGGACAUCGGCCAGUACGCCUUCGGCGCCACCGGCAGGAGAGCCGUCGCAUUCUUCAUGUACGUCGAGCUCUACCUCGUCGCCAUAAGCUUCCUCGUCCUCGAGGGCGACAAUCUCGACAAGCUCUUCCCCGGCGCAACCAUGGAGAUUCUUGGCUACCAGCUCCACGGCAAGCAGCUAUUCAUUGUACUCGCCGCCGCCGUCAUACUGCCCACUACCUGGCUCAAGAAUCUUGGCAUGCUCGCUUACGUGUCAGCGGCCGGGCUCAUCGCCUCGGUGGCCUUGACGGCGUCACUGAUCUGGGCCGGUGUCGCCGAGACCGGGUUCCACCGGAACAGCAACACGCUCAACCUCGCCGGAAUCCCCACCUCCCUCGGUCUCUACUUCGUCUGCUUCACCGGCCACGCCGUCUUCCCGACGAUAUACUCCUCCAUGAAGAACAGCAAACACUUCUCCAAAGUUCUCUUGAUCUCGUCGGUGCUGUGCAGCCUCAACUACGGGCUCACGGCGGUGCUGGGCUACAUGAUCUACGGUGACGAUGUGCAGUCGCAGGUGACGCUGAACCUGCCCUCCGGCAAGCUCUACACCAAGAUCGCCAUCGUGAUGACGCUGGUGAACCCGUUGGCCAAGUACGCGCUGCUCGUGGCGCCGAUCACGGCGGCCGUCGAGGAGAGGCUGUCUCUGACGCGGGGCAGCGCGCCGGCGAGGGUGGCCAUCAGCACCGCCAUCCUCGCCAGCACGGUGGUGGUGGCGUCGACGGUGCCCUUCUUCGGCUACCUCAUGUCAUUCAUCGGCUCGUUCCUCAGCGUCAUGGCGACCGUGCUGUUCCCUUGCCUCUGCUACCUCAAGAUCUACAAGGCCGAUGGCAUCCACCGCACGGAGAUGGUGGCCAUCGCCGGAAUUCUGCUGCUAGGAGUGUUCGUCGCCGUCACCGGCACGUACACUUCUUUGCUGCAGAUUAUAGCCACUUUCUGAGGUGGUUGGUUGCUGUUGGUCUCUGAUAGUAGACAGUAGUACUUACAGACAAUAGUGUGACCACAGUGUCCUUAAAAUAAAGGGCGCUUGAAAAAAUUUUCGGAGUUAGUUUGUAUCUAAGAUAAAGCUGAAUCAAUAAUAUUGACUUAGGUGAAAAAAUUGUAUAUAUUAUUGGUGCCAACAAUGUCAAUGUUGUAUUUAAUAAAUAUCAGAUAUGAGACACUAAUUUAGGUUUAUUUGUAAAAAAAAAAAUGCCAAGUGACUAAUUUGUUUAAGGAACAAA